UCUGUCAUGUGGAGAUUUCUUGUGGCCAGGCUGCUCCCUUUCCUCCUGCAGCCAGUGUAUACGCUCUCCGAAUCAGAUUGUCAGUGGAUGGCUGUAGUCAACAGGUUUGAUAACCUCGGAGAUGACAAGAACAUUUUCUUCCAGCAGCAUGAAGUUCCUUCAGUAAAGGAUGUCUUCAAAGAGCUGGUGGAUUCGGCCAUAGACCCUGAUGACAAAAACGCAAAAUACCUGGGGUUUCCAUACUACUUGAAAAUUAACCUGACCUGCAAAACACUGGACUCUGAAAUGGCACUUCGGACAGCUCAUUACAGUGGACUGAAACCGGUUGUGACUGUCACUUUUGAAGAACCCGCCCACUCUGUGCGUCAAAAACAAGAGCAAUUGCAGAUCGAAAUGACUGCAGCUCCAUUCAGGAUAGGAGGUUGCAGAAGCGAUGAGGUUUGCAAGAUGUGCUGGUACACGCCGAUGCCCUUCAUGAAUGGCAGUGUCGUCAUGGAUGUGAUUGUGGCCAGCAAUCACCUUGGCAUGACAGUGGACGAUAAGAGGUUCGCUAUCAAUUUAAAUGGAUAUACGAGACAAAGUAAACAAAGAAUUAGAUUCAGGAUUGGGAGAAAGCUGACUGCUUUGAAUCGCUUCAUGUCUAUGACACGACGGUCACGUCCCUUGUGGCACACCCACAUACGAGCCCCCGUGCUCAUCCUUGGUGGCUUCAGGAGCAAGGUUGUCCUCAUCUCAGACACGGGGUUUGAAGAUCACUUUCCAAUAGAGGUGGGCAUCGACAGCUGCUGGAUUGGCUCCAUCUCCUGCCCGCAGAGAGGUUUCUCUACUUCCAUUGCUGACAGCAUUGCGACAGAAAGCACCCUCUUCAUCCGGCAGAACCAGCUGGUCUAUUACUUUGUGGGGCAUUACCCCAUUCUGCACAUGAGAGGCCCAGGUUCACAGGUGUGGACACGUGUAUUAAACAACGUCUGUGUGAGGAAACUAAACCCUGUGUUUUUUGUGAAGAAUAACACCGAAUACGUGAUUGCUCUUGGUGGCGGCGCGCAAGAAGGGCACUUCUAUCUUAUUACUGUGCAAGAUGGGAUUGUGAAUGCCACUGCCUCUUUCACAUUUCAGAAUAAGGGACCGUGUCAAUAUCUGAAUAUUUACUGCCAACUCGUGUGGGUUAUCUUCUCUACAAAUGACGACAAGUUCUUUUUGCUGGUGCAUCGUUACAGAUCAACACGUUACUACAUUGCGGAAUACCAGAAAGAUAAUUAUCUUAAGAUCAUUUUUGAACUCCCUGAAUAUAUACCGAAAGCUGUCUCAGACAGAGGAUACGUGCUGUUGCUGGGGACGGAGCAAUAUACUACUCGAUUAUUCACCCCCGUAGGUUUGGCUUUCAACCCCUUCAGUAAGAUAUUCUACGUCUGGGGGAAUGCUAUCUUGCAAAGCAAUGACAUGGUGAGCUAUGUAUAUUUGUCUAACUUUCCGGGCGACUAUUCCAUCAAAUAUUUUGUUAUGUCCUUUACUGGCCACAUUGCUUUUGUGACAGACGCAGAUGAGAUCUGGGUUAUGAAAGAAAGCAGCACAGAGAUCAAAAGAGCGUAUCCAUCCGAAGCCUGGUCAUUGUACAAUACCCUGCAAGUGAUGGAAGGCUCACCGGAUCACGACUUGAAUGCCACUCAAGCUAUAGUCACGGUUUUCUUUGACAAGGAUGGGAUGCAAGAGUUGGUUUAUAGGGAGGAACCUGGAACCACUGGAAGGUUAAUCAAGAGGAAAUUCCCUCUGGAUCAUAUCCUGACCUACGACCAGGUGAUCAGCACUCCUCACAAAGGGAUGACGCACAAUGGCAUAGACUACAUCAGAUUCACCCACCGUUGCCCAUUUGCCGUGGUCCGCUUUGUGGACUUGCCGUUCCCACAGCGCUAUACUCGGAUGGAGCAUUACCGUGUCAAGCCUCCGGAAAUCAUGGUCAAGACAGGCUUCUAUGACCAGAAGUCGCUGAUUGUGUACCAGGGACUGGUCUACCAACUGCUACAGCUGCAUUCAGCUUACCACAGAGCUUAUGCUGACCCAGUCCAUGACCCCACUUGGCGCUGGUGGAAGAACAAGAAACAAGAUGCAGAAUAUUACUACUACAUGGCGAGCAAUUGGAAAUCUUCUGGAGGCGUCUUUGUUGACAUGGCCAACUAUGUGAAGAUCUACAACAUCCUGCCCAAUAAUUUGCUGCCGAAAACCAUCUACUUGGACAAGGAGCAGACUUUCUUCUUCUCUGUGUACUUGAGCCUCCGGACGACCAAACAGAGCAUGGGGGAAACGGCGGAUGAGAAUUCUCUCAACUACAUGUGGCUCACCAUACUUUUAUCCCAUCCGGAAUAUGUUCAUGCGGAUUUAGAGAGGCACGAACUCAUCAGCAGAGGCUCCAUCCUCUAUAAGGUGUCAAUCUCAGACAGUGGCCAUUACCCAAUGCAACAGCUCAGUGGAAAGGAGCUGUUGAAGAGCUCUGCUAAUUUAAAGGUUGCACACUCAGGGAUGAACUGCUACCACUACAUGGAUGACGGACCAGUCAUAAAGGGCAGUGAUACAAUCAGCAUCAAUAUUGGAUGUCCUCCAGGCAGAAGGCUGGCUUUUGACAUCACUUACACCAAAAAUUACACUAGUGAGAAGAACAAGCGCUACUUCGACUGUGUGAAACCGGACCCCGAGAUGCCCUGCUUCUACUUCAGUGAUGUGUUUUACCCUUUCUUUUUGAUCCAAGACAUGGUGACAGGGCACUCGGGGCGUUUCAAUGGAAGCUAUAUCUUCUCCGUCAUUGGUGGGGGAGCUUUUUCAGUCGAUAACAUUGAAUACUUCAAAGAGGAGGACCUUCCGCGCUACAACACCAUGAUUGGCAGCGUAACAAACAGUCUCAUCUGGCUGAGGGCUGAUGGUGAAGAUAACAACACCGAUGCCGAAGGUUUCAAUGUCUUCUCUCAAGACAGCUCUGGGAUACUGUGGGUCUGCCAGAAGAAUUCUCCCUGUCACGACAUUGUUCCCAAUGAUGCCUCUGCUCCGGAGUACUUCUUUGUGAUGAAGGUAUCAAACAGGGGAGUGGACCAAACCACCUACUGCGACUACGCCUUGGAGUUCAUCAUCCACGUUCACGGCCUGCGCCUUAGCUAUACCAGAGCCCUCUUUCUCUUGGAGGUAUGGAUGGGCGCCAUCAUAGGUGUGCUUAUCCUAUACAUAUCAAUCCUUACCAUGGCUCCCACAUGCAAGAGCUACAUCCACGGACUCAUCAAGAGGAUGGAAGAAGCAUGGGCCUAUCGGACAACAUCCACCCUCUCCUUCACCUCAUCGUUCACCAGCCAAUCGUCACUGCAACAUAUGGCUUCCGAAGCGAUCCGAGGCAGUUUGGCCCAACCGUCAUCCAAAUCAAGUGCACGGGAAACCUCAGGGAAGCAUUAAGGCCAGCCAGCUAAUUUCCUGCACUCCUCUGCCUCUGAUGCAGAGGAUUUCUUGGAUUAAUCAAGUGACUGUCAGCAUUGUGGCGAUUGGGUGACUGUUGGAUUCUGACUUUGGGGAAGGCCAUGGCGUCCUUGAAAGUAAUCCCCAAGAGUUCACCUAUGAAUUCUUGAGCUGCAUAAAACCGUCACUGAGCAGGUCGCAGGAAGCGUGCAGAGGAGUCAUAGGAAGUAUUCCAGAAGCCACUGAUUCUCUGUAAAAUUAUUAUAAGACUAUCUAGGACAAGUAUGAGCACACUGUGGCCCUCCAGGUGUUUUGGACUUCCACUCCCACAAUUCCUAACAGCCAAAACACCUGGAGGCCCGAAGUUUGUCCAUGCCUGAUCUAGGAGGGUAUAAAAUCCACUGUUUUUAAACCACGGCCAGAAAAGAAAUCUGUAUGUUUCCCUUUCUGUUCCAUUUACUAGUCCACUCACACUUGUGUGAGUCAUCAAUAGUAAAAUACUACAUGCAUUUCCGUUUCUUGCUUUGGUAUUUUCUUGUGACACGGAAUGAUUCCAGACAGGACUG